AUAGUAUAAUCAUAUGAAAUAAUGGGUAGUGUAUCAACAUAUACAUACAUAUAAUACUUACCAAUUUAUGGACAAAUUGAUCAUGAAAUAUUUAUUUGUCGGAUUUUUAAAUGCAUAUAUUUUAUUCGGAACCGUGAACGCUGAGUCAUGUAAACGGAAGUCAUCAUGCUCGUGUGAAUGCUCUCAAGGAAUCGUUGAUCUAAAGGCGCUUGGAACUACCAAUGGACCAAGAUAUAAAGAUGUUCUUGCCUUGGACCAGAUGAAAUACUCCUAUAACCCCUGUGACCCUUUUACGGAGACUGAUCCCGGAGCCUUUGCAGACUUUUGCUACGAUGUCGCCGCGUGCCAGAUUAUCGGCGAUGUAGGCACGUUCCAGUUCUAUGAUACAGGGACACAAGAUUCAGUGACGUUUUACACAGAAAAUGCCAACAAUGUAGGACUGCAGUUGGACACGGAUGUUGUUAUUGCAAAAUAUACGUCAGGUGAUGCUGUAAGACAAACAGAGGUUAUUCUUGUGUGCAACGAUCAAGAUUCGAAUACGGCAUUCGAUUCACUUGGUGAAAUAACAAAUACCCCACCCACUUAUAGAUUUGUACUCGUGUCUCCAGAGUGUUGUUUUGGAAAUGGUUCAAGCGGAUCAGGUCUGAGCGGCGGUUCUAUACUGCUUAUCAUAGCAUUUUCAAUUCUUGGUGCAUAUCUCAUAGUAGGCCUUAUCGUGAAGAAGUUUGUUUACAAGGAAUCUGGGAAAGAAUUAAUCCCUAACACAGCUUUCUGGUUUGCACUACCUUCAUUGAUAAAAGACGGAUGUGUUUGUAUCUACAAGAAAGAAGGGGGAAGGGAUCGGGAUACGAUGAAAUAUUUAUUUGCCGGAUUUUUAAAUGCAUAUAUUAUAUUCGGAAUCGUGAACGCUGAGUCAUGUAAACGGAAGUCAUCAUGCUCAUGUGAAUGCUCUCAAGGAAUCGUCAAUUUAAAGGCGCUCGGAACCACAGAUGGACCAAGAUAUAAAGACGUAACUGGUUUAGACCGCCUGUUUUAUUCAUAUAAUCCCUGUGACCCUUUCUCGCAGACGUAUCCCGGAGCCGUUGCAGAAUUUUGCAACAUGGUUGCGGCAUGUCAGAUUAUAGGCCAAUCAGGUGUGGUACAGUUUUAUGAUGCAGGGACGCAAGAUUCAGUGACGUUCUACACAGAAAAUGCUAACAAUGUAGGACUGCAGUUGGACAAUGACGUUGUAAUUGCAAAAUAUACGUCAGGUGAUGCUGCAAGACAAACUGAGGUUAUUCUUUUAUGCAAUGAUCUGGAUUCCACCACGUCAUUCGAUGCUCUUGGAGAAAUACCAAAUACCCCGCCCACAAUAAGACUUCUACUUAUUUCUCCAGAAUGUUGUUUUCGGAGCGCAGUCGGAUCAGGUUUGAGCGGUGGCUCUGUACUUCUUAUUGUGUAGGUAUAGCUGUUUGCAGGACAUUAGCGCUAUUUUAUU